AUGCACGUGGAGUCUUGCAAGUCCUGCGCGGGCCUGCUCGGCAAGGAUGAAGAGGGCGUGUCAGGGCUGAUGCUCGGAACGCCGCAUCUCCAGCCGCCCUCCAGGGUGAAGCAGAAACUCAUCGCCAGGGUCGACGCGGACCGGAGCCAGAUCCCCGUCCACCAUCUCCUCAUUCGCGCUGGCAUGGAGUUGACCACCAAGCCGGGGCUCGCGGUGGCGGCAGUGCUGGUGCUGGCGCUUGUGCUUGCCAGCAUGUGGAACGAGAGUAGGCAGGGGAGCGGAACCGUCGGCGGGGUCGCCCCCUCGGAGGCAAUCGGGAGUGCGGGAGAGAACGACCAGCUGUUCCUCGCGUACUCGGCGGCGGCCCCCGGUCUCGCGUUAGAAGAGCUUUCAGCCACGCGGGCGACCGACACUGCGCGCGGGAUGUUCCUCGUGCCCAGGUCGAGCAACUCCGCUCUACUGGUAGGGAUCGGCAUGCCUCAGCUUCCGAAGGGUCAGACCUACGGGGUAUGGUUCACGACCGAAGGCCAGCGUUACAGGGCGGGGACACUGCAGGUGGGCCCGGAUGGACAUGGGCACGUGAACCUGCGACUGUUCGUCCCGCUUUCGUGGAUAGACGCGGUCUCGGUGACGAUAGAGGGGAACGUCGUCCCCAGAAACGACUCCGAAGACAACAUGCCGCAGGGUCCGACCAUCCUGAAGGGUGACCUUUAG